AUGGACAAUGACUCUAGUGCCACUGAAUUCUGCCUUCUGGGCUUCCCUGGGUCUCAAGAACUGCACUACAUUCUUUCUGUUAUAUUCUUUGUUUUUUACUCAGUGACAUUACUUGGAAACACAGUCAUCAUCAUGAUUAUCUGUGCUGAUAAACGUCUUCAGUCUCCCAUGUAUUUCUUCCUUGGCCACUUCUCUGUCUUGGAGACCCUAAGCACAUUUGUAAUUGCUCCAGUGAUGCUCUGGGGUCUGCUGCUCCCAGGGAUCCAAACAAUAUCUCUGCAUGGAUGUGUUGCCCACCUCUUCCUGUACCUUGCUCUGGGGACCACUGAGUUUGCACUGCUUGCAGCAAUGGCUGUGGACCGUUAUGUGGCUGUGUGUAACCCUUUGAGGUACAACAUCAUUAUAAACAACCACACGUGCAUUUGGGUGGUCAUCAUGUUAUGGGCAUUUGGAUUCCUUUCUGAGAUCUGGCCUGUCUAUGCCACCUUUCAGUUUACUUUCUGCAAAUCAAACCUGUUAGACCACUUUUACUGUGACCGAGGACAAUUACUCAGACUAUCCUGUGAUGAUACUUUCUUCACAGAGUUUGUUCUUUUAAUGGCUCUUUUUAUUAUCAUUGGUUCUUUGAUUCCUACAAUUGUCUCCUAUACCUACAUCAUUUCCACCAUUCUCAAGAUCCCCUCAGCGUCUGGCCAGAGGAAAGCCUUCUCUACCUGUGCCUCUCUCUUUACAUUUGUUGUGGUUGGCUAUGGAAGCUGCUUGUUUCUUUAUGUGAAACGCAAGCAACAGGCAGCUGAGUACAACAGGGUAGCAUCACUGCUUAUUUCUGCGGUGAAUCCUUUCCUGAAUCCUUUCAUCUUUACUCUCAGGAAUGACAAAGUCAAAGAAGCUCUCCAUGAUGGAGUGAAGCACUGCUCUCAACUACUCAAAAAUUAG